AUUGCUACCAUGCCCAAUCCGCCGAUCACCAACUCGGCUGAAUAUCCCAAGAAGUAGCCGUGAGCACAACAGAAUCAUUCGUGCGCCCAGAGAGUUGUCGCGGUUGUGUCUCCUCCAGAUUCCCAGUCGCGCUCCGCCCAAUCACUUUUCGCCACUGACGAAACAAUCCCCGGGCGGAACUCGAUAAAGUCAACCCCCAGGGCUUCUGUUGCUGGGUACAUGCCUACGCCCAACCUUGGAUGUCACCCUCUCCCUACUUGUCAAUGUUAGCCACAUGACUUGGAUCUCCCCUAGCUUGUCGUAAAUCCACCCUUGCACAUACUUGGGCUUGACAACACAACCUUGCUGACUAUUGACCUAUCUCCAUCUACUCCAUGUAAAUAAUCACCGCAUUGCCCUAGGCGGAAGAGGAAACGAGCCCCGAAUUCUGAUUGGCCCGUUCCCCCUCCCACCCCCCUAAACCUUUUUAAGAAAUAUUGGUUUUUCACCUGGUGCCAGCGCUUGCCCUGGCUCGGCUACCAAACACUUGAAUUUCGCGUCCAAUCGCUCAACACCCACACGUCAACCAAACCCAUACGGAGUGAUUCAGAGAUCCACCUUGUAAUGUCCGAACGUGGUCAUUUCCGGGGCGGAGGACGAGGGGGAGGAGGUGGUGGUCAUGGCGGAAACCGUGGAGGACGGGGCGGAGGUCGAGGUGGCGGUGGUUCUGGUGGCGCCCAGCAAGGCAACCAAGCUCAUGAGAAACCUAAGAAGGAAAACAUUCUCGAUCUGACAAAGUACAUUGACAAGCAGAUCAAUGUCAAGUUCAACGGCGGCAGGGAGAUCGUUGGUGUACUGAAAGGCUACGAUCAAUUGAUGAAUCUUGUUCUCGACGACGUCAAGGAAACAUUACGAGACGACGAUGGCAACGAAACCACACGAUCUCUUGGUUUGAUUGUCGCCCGAGGCACAUUGCUUGUCUUGAUCUCACCGUUGGACGGAAGCGAAGAAAUUGAGAACCCGUUCCAGCAACAAACCGAGGAAUGAAGGAUGAGAAUUCAAUAAAUCCGCCUUCCCAACCCAAGUAAAGCUCAAAUCAAUCAAGCAACCGCACUGGACUUCAGACUCCUCGACACAUAGUGCGAUGGUGUGUCUUCAUGGCUGAGGAAGUAAAGGAUCGAUCGUCGAGCUACAGUUUGCCUUCUUUAUAGAGGCCUGUGACCUUGACCAAGAAAGCCAAAGUCCUUGACUAAUGGUAGAUUUCCUCGGCGCUAGAGCAAACAAAACUGUGUCAACUCAACCAGUGUCCCGAGUAGCUAGCAAAUGCCCGCGGAAUGUCCUCUGAUUGUCUCUUCAGUGCGCGGCCAUCGACAAAGACUAGAUAGUAUGCGGGAAGACAUCUGGAGCAGCCAUCAAAUACAAAUUCAAAGAUUGGGUCUCAAUCAUUGAUUCACA